UGCGGCGGGGGUGGGCGGUCAUGGCGUACUCCACGGUGCAGAGGGUGGCCCUCGCCUCGGGCCUCGUCCUGGCUGUGUCGCUGCUGCUGCCCAAGGCCUUCCUGUCCCGCGGAAAGCGGCAGGAGCCGCCGCCGGCGCCCGAAGGGAAGUUGGGUCGAUUUCCACCUAUGAUGCAUCAGCAGCAGGCACCCUCAGAUGGCCAGACCCCUGGGGCUCGUUUCCAGAGGUCUCACCUCGCAGAAGCCUUUGCAAAGGCCAAGGGAUCAGGCGGAGGUGCUGGAGGAGGAAGUGGUGGAAGAGGCCUGAUGGGGCAAAUUAUUCCCAUCUAUGGUUUUGGAAUUUUUUUAUAUAUACUGUACAUUCUGUUUAAGCUCUCAAGGGGGAAGAGUACUCCAGAGGAUCGGAAGUGCCCCACUGCCACACCUGGAAAUACCCACAGGAAAAUUACCAAUUUUGAGCUUGUUCAACUGCAAGAAAAACUGAAGGAAACAGAGGAAGCCAUGGAAAAAUUAAUCAACAGAGUGGGGCCUAAUGGUGAGAGAGCACAGACUGUGACUUCUGACCAAGAAAAACGAUUGCUGCAUCAGCUCCGAGAAAUCACCAGGGUCAUGAAAGAAGGAAAAUUCAUUGAUAGAUCCACUCCAGAGAAAGAAGCUGAGGAGGCCCCUUAUAUGGAGGACUGGGAAGGUUAUCCCGAAGAGACUUAUCCAAUUUAUGACCUUUCAGAUUGCAUCAAGCAUAGGCAAGAAACCAUCCUGGUGGAUUACCCUGACUCAAAAGAGCCCUCUGCUGAAGAAAUGGCUGAAAGAAUGGGAGUGCUAGAAGAGGAAGUAUCAGACCGUGUGGGUUGGGCAAUGCCUACUGAGCCCAGAGCUCAGGAAGAUAAUUCUGUUACCUCAUGUGACCUAGAGCCAGAACCAUGUUCCUGCUGGACUCCUGAAGAAGAGGAUCCCGCCGUCUUGGCAGAGAAUGCUGGAUUUGGUGCAAACAGUUACAGUGAGCAGGAGGAAACCACCAAUGAAGUGUGGCCCUAUGACUUGAGAGAUGCAGGGUCAGGCAUCAGUGCAGAUAAAGCAGAUCCAGGUGGCAUGCUGAGGAAGCGGCAUCCCCAGGGUUUAGAGUGAGAACAGUCAGUCUAGGACCAUUACUGUAAUCCCAAGGUGACCUUUCUCUCCUCUCUGAUUUCAUCCUUGGCCCUGUGCCCUGUACUUCAUUCUCCGUGUUUAAGUAUCAUAGCCAAUCAGGCCACUACCAUGGAUAUCAUAAAUCCUUCCUGGUGCUUGCACACCUGUCACCUUACAAAACAUCAUAGAAAUUAGUAUGAACACAAGACAGCCUCCCUCUUUCUCUUCCUCCUUUGCUCCACCAGAGAUUUGAUCCACUGAGUAAUUUUUGAUCUAUCGUAAUUACAGAUGGGACCACUCAGGGCAGAGGUUUGACUCUCUGUGUUAGAAGUAACAGAUGGUUUACCUGUGACGAACAUCAAAUUACACAUGAUGAGGAUUUAAAGUUGCAAGAGUGAAGAUUUGAGUCCAAGGUGCCUUAUUCUUUGGGCCUUGAGCAGGUUAGUGAUCUGCUGGGUUCAAGAAGGAGAACAUUUUGUUUGUGGGAAUGGUAGGGCCAGAGCGGGGACUCUUGCCUGAGCUGAAGCCACUUAACAGCGAGGGCCUCUUGAGGAGCCUGUUACAGUGAGGGCCUUUUGCAGAGCCCCGAGGCUGCCUCAAACCUCUGCUUUUCUCCAGCAUAGAAGACUCCCAUUGACCUGAGAAUGAGCCUAGAGGCUUGCUGGUAAUAGUGAUAGUAGUGUUAGUCACUCAGUUGUGUCUGACUCUCUGGGACCCCAUGGAUUACAGCCUGCCAGGUUCCUCUGUCCAUAGAAUUCUCCAGGCAAGAAUACUGGAGUGGGUGGCCAUAUCCUUCUACAGGGACAGGCUUGCCAGGAAACAGUUUUUCUCUAAUAAUGCCUGGAUCUCUAGCUUCCUUUAUCCUUGUUCUGCUUAACAGAACUGCCCAAUGUAGAAGCACCUUCAUACCUCUGGUCUUCUGUGGCCAGAGGAAGCUUGAGAUAGAGACUUUAGUCCUUGCCCUGUGGAGCCAAGGUUUGAAGCUUCAGGAAAGGCUGCUGAAGGGUGGAGGUCCUGCCAUGAGAUGCUCACAAGGCCAAGGAGUGGCUGACGGAGAGUAAACCCAUGUACUGACAGGCAGUCCUUGCUUAAAUGCUGUUUCUGAAUGUGUGUCCUCUGGGGAAUUUGUUCUUACAACAAAUUAAAACAGAAACGAGGAGGAUUGAACUUGUAGACCACGUGCUGUCCUUGGUCUAAGGACCUUGGACCCAAGCCAUUGGGUCCCUAUAUUGCAGGGACCCAAUAUAGCAGUGCCUGGGAACAGACCAUGUGUUCCGUAUUUGGAUAUCUGAGUCUAUUGAGAAAGUUGGGUAAAGUGGGAGGUAGGUUAGGACAGGGAGGACUGUGACCAAACCCAAAGUCUAAUUUCUGAGCUGCCAUUGGUCAUGUGUCUCUUUGAGGUAAGAUGUAUUCUGUAUAGUAAGGAUGAGUGAAUUCAGUUUACAGGUAAGACCUGAGAGUUUCAAGAGGACACAUUCCCGAGGACCACGAAAUGUGGAAGACUUGAAAACUAAGAAAUCAUGUAAAGGUGGACUUGGCUUUUAGAGUUCCACUAUACCUGGAAUGAGUCAGAGACCAAGAAAAUAAUUUAAUCACGGUUAGAUCACAUAUAAGCAUAUACACUACUGUCACAGGAUCAUAUUAAGAUGAUGUGUCAGCUACAGCUAUGCAUUUCUUGUUAAUGACUACAGAGAAAAGUCAAUGAAGACUGAGUCCAUAGAAAGCAUACUGUAUCUAUCUCUGUGUAGAACAUUAGAUUCACUUGUAAAGAAAGGAAUUUAAAAUGUACUGAGAACAAUCUAGAUGUAAUAUAAUGCUGAAGGUAAAAAAUAAUGUAGGUGCUCUUUCCUGUUUCGAUAAAUUAUUUGCCAUGUUCUUUCUCUUCAUCACAGUGAGGGGCUGAUUUAUGAGGAGAGUUCUGGGACUCUGGUUCAAGUUUCUUUUUUGCCUUAGGAUAUGAUUCCCUUAUUAGAGGUGGAUAUCUGUUUCCUUCUGCUUAUUCUCUCAUUUAUUCAUCUUGCAGACCACUGCUUAAUUCCUGCCUUUGAGGAAAAAACAGUUGAAUAUGAGAGCCUUAUCCAGUUUAUUUUUUAAAAUGAACUGUAAACUGUAAAAGGGCUCAAGAUGGUGAGUUCUGCAGGCAGAGAAAUGUUGGUCACAGUUCCAUCCUUGUCUAUUCUAGUUGUAGAAUCUGGCCAGCUCCUUAACCCUGAGAACUUUGGCUUUCUCAUCGCUAAAGCUGGGGAGUCAGAGCCCAGGUCUUACAGGGUAUGAGGACUAAAUCCACAGUUACGGAGAUUAAGUGAAAUCAUCAGUGCUUAUAAAACAGCAUUGGUCCUAUCUCAUAUAGGAUAACCACUCAGCAAGUGGUAGCUACUUUAUUGUGCAAGAUUUUGUGCUAUAAUUGAGAUAUGGACCCAAAUCCAUAUGAGCACAAAGGAAGAAACAGUCACUUUUGCUAAAGUACUUCCAAGAAACUCCACAGAGGAGACGGAUCUUGAGGGAUGCUAUGAACUUCUCCAGAUGUGCAAGGAAGAGAAGAUACAGUUGGCAGAAAGAGUGGUGGUAGAGCAGUGAGGUGUGAAAGUAAAUGGAUGUUCAGGUAUUUUGAUAUUUGAGGCUGGUACGUAAGGUGUCACAUAACCAACUGUUUAUUUGGAAUGUUCAUCUCUGGGUGAAAUUGGCUUGUAGAAACAGUUCCUGCCCCAAGUACUGAGACCUCAUGAUGAUUCUUGCUGCCCUGAUUCUUGGUGGGCUUAUAUAACAGGAAAAUAUUUAUGUAUUUAUAUUUUAAAAAAUUUACUUUUCAGUCACUUCAGAUUAGGCAGUCCUUUUUGGAUUUUUCAGAAUUAUGUUAUUCUUCAGGGAUGAGAUUAUAUUUAUAUAUACAAUCCAGGAUGACCAAAGUCAUGGGCCUGGUUUUUGUCAUCUCUUUUCUCCUGGUCUUCAUUUCUCCAGAACUGAGCUGGGCUGAGAACUUUAUCAGUCCCCUGGCACUAGGUCUGCAGUGACUUUUGGGCACCAUGGUAGAGCAGAGUCAUACCUCUGGGGUCAGAUAGUUGGCCUAGGAAAUAACUGCAUCAUGUGGGGCCAUGCUUAGUAACUCAGGUGGGUGAUCUGGCCUGGAGAUGCCCUUCCCUGGUCAGGCCAGGAGCACAAGCAGAGCACCUCCCUAGCUCCAGGACCAGUGCUGUGGGAGCUCGGGAGCUAGGGACAGAGAGCUGCAGUGAGGAGUGGAGGCCCGUGCGGCCUCUGGAAGAGAUGCCUGUGAGCACCCCAUGCACCUUCCAUGGCCUGGGUCAUCCAACGACUUACAGUCCAAACUGGGACACUUUAGGAAAAGGGAGCUUUAAUAAUAAUUACACCAGGAUAAUAGCUAUCAACCAGGACUCUCCAUGGACCCUGUCCAGAGCUGUUGAAGAGAUCAUCUUUAACCUGAUCACUAAACUACAAAAUACUCUUUCCUUUUUAUCAUAGUAGUGUCCUGCAUAUGCUAUAUCCCAGAGGCAAAGCCAUGGAGAGAGGCCACAGUCCAGGUAGGUUCUUGAUCUGGAGUAAUAAACCAACACUACUCAUCACCACAUUAAAUUCCCUCAACCCAGACUAUAUUCCAGAGGAAAACUGAACAUGUCAGCUACCCACAAAUGAGAAAAACAAAGUAUCACAGACUUUGCCUUGAUGAUUUCAUACAAAUCUUUCUAAAAUGUACCUAAUGUUAGGUUUUUCCUUUCCCAUUUUCUUAAACAAAUUAAAUAGGCCAAAUUUCUCCUUUUCCUUAGAUUACUCCUUAACUUCUCUAAGUACCAGUUCCCUCAGUUUUGAAUUGGGAAGCUCUCCCCUUGCAGAGCUGUUGGGAUGAAAUGAGAUGCUAUGUAUAGGAUCUGUCCAGGGUGUAGCCUGUCCUGGGUGCUCAGACCAGUGCCAUCAACAGCAUAGCACUCACCAAGUUCCUGUGCUGCUGGGCUGUUGGACUUGACACUCCAAGGCUAUCCUGAUUGCCAGGAAUGGCCCAGAGCCCAGGUCCUACAGUCACUGGGUGACUUCAGUUUUGGUCCUCCCCACCUAGGACCAGACCUGUAGCUGUCAGGCAUAACUGCAGCCUCCCUUCCUCUUGACUUCAGAUCUGCCACAGGCUGAAAAGAAAAUUCCCAAGCGUGUAGUGUGUCCAGGUUCUGUUUAAACAGGUCGGGCUGCUCUGCAUAUGGCUAGAGGAACCCAGCAUCUGGGUCUUCAUGUUAUUUCUACCACUUUGGCCUUCCCCACCUUUUUCCAGCUCCACACAGUCCUGUGUUUGUUCCUCGGGGCCAGGCCCACAGGGUUUACUAGGAAGCAGCAGCCCGCUCUUCCGGCUGGCACAGCUGAGCCUGCAAAGGAUGAGCUAGUUGAGUACCUCCUGUCUUUACCCUUCUUCCAGCUGUUCCCAGCCUCUGCAUGUGGGGUUCUGACCAUCUUUAAACUUGAGGAGCACAGCCAGAGGAAAGACAGUUUCCUCCCACAGGUGACUGUUUCCAAACCAGCUAUGAUCCCCUUGUUACCACCACCCUCCUGCCCUUCCCUGAGGCUCUUAGGGCAGAAGGAAUGAAUGUUGUAGAAAAAAACUUCUAGGUAAGAAACAUGUUUUUUCUUUC